CCCAUGGAACUGCGUUUCGCAUUUCAUUCCCUUCGUUCCCAUCUUAUUUGUUACACGAAGAAUUGGAAAGGAAAAACGAAACUGAUUCUGAAACUGAAUCGAAGUAAAGAAGAAAGGAAGCAAAGUAACGAUUUAGAAUGGUGAAAGUGGUGACGUACUUUGGUAUGACUUUGGCAGCUUUCGCUUUCUGGCAAUCCAUGGACAAGGUCCAUGUCUGGAUGGCUCUCCAUCAGGACGAAAAGCUAGAGAGGUUGGAGAAAGAAGCGGAGAUCAAAAGGGUUAGGGAGGAAUUACUGCAGCAGCAAGCCAAUCGGAAGGAUUCUUCCUAUUGAAUUGAAACAUGUUGUAAUUUUUCUAUCCCUUGCUCUGUAAUUUCUCUUGCCGUGGAUGCAAUCUCACAUGCUCAAAUAAAAUCUGGUACUUGACGAGCAUUUCAAAUUUAAUUGAGUGGAUAUCUAAGUUUGUCCUUUACUUUUAUACAUAAUCUUGUUCCAAAAAAUGGUACUUGUUGGUAAUUGUUGGAACGAUAGCUUUGUUCAUUUUUCUUUUGAAGUAUGAGAUUUGGAAGUGGCUGAAACAUAAGUCUCUGCAUCUCAGUGCUAUUGAUCUGGCUGCAGUGCAUAUGUUGUUUCUUUUUGCCGCUUUUUUGAAUAUA